ACGUGACAAUAUACAGCUUUGUCAUAUUGCCAUCUAGUGGCUAAAAGCAAGAUUACAGUUGACGCUCAACACUUGUUACCUUUAGAACGGCUGGGAAAUUUCAAACUUUUUUAAAAGUACGCCAACAUGGGUUUUCCUGUGUUAAAUUGCUGCUUGUUAAUCAAUUUUUUAAACAAUCUAGUAUAAAUUAAAAGGUAGCAGGGUUUUGUAAUGUGACAAGACAAAUUUCUACUUUUGGGCGAAAAAAAAAAAAAAUUGACUUUUCCAACGGUCCAUGAAGACGUGGACCUCACGUUGCCCUUGUCGUCACUGGACUUGAUUAAAGUGGCGGCCAGCUGGUUCGUCGCCAGUUUGCAAGUCUUGACAGUUUAAACAACACGCAGCGAAAUUGUCUUCCUCGUCCGGAACCUAAACUUGACCUUGGAAUAUAGUUUGAUAAAUAAAUAGCACCUUUAGUUGGAAUAAAUUAAUGAAGACGCUUCGUGUUAUUACGGGACUGCUGGUUGUUUUCCAGCUUCCAAUCACUCACGCAAGUUUUACUAAUGGUUUGAGCCACAUACAAUCAACUGUCAUGGAAAACUCCCUGGAGAGUGAAAACAAGGCAAAAAGGUGGCCGACGUUGGAGGCCCCCGGCUGGGCGGCGGAUCCCAGGGGCCUCUACAGGGACCGCCAUCGCCCGGAUGAGUCUGACGCCGACUUGUUGGAGGAGGGGCACGACAACUCCGCGCAGAUUGUGAAUAUGGAUCACGUCUACUACACAUCCAAAAUUAUCUGUCCCGGGGACGCGGGAGGUGCAGAUGCCUGGGUGGACACGGAGCGGGCCAACAAGAACGAGUGGAAGACUCACGGCUUCUUGUCGAGCACGCACCGCCAAGCUGAGAGAGUCAAUCUUUCCUUUGCUUUUCCCUUCUACGGGCACAUGCUGAAGGAAGUCACCGUGGCAACCGGAGGCUUUAUUUACACGGGAGAUAUCAUCCACCGCUUGCUCACGGCCACUCAGUACAUCGCGCCGCUCAUGGCCGACUUUGACCCCAGCCUCUCUGGCAACUCCUCCGUCUUUUACUUUGAUAAUGGUUCUGCCCUGGUGGUGCAGUGGAGCCGCCUUCACCUGCAAGACAACAUCCGCUCAGGCACGUUCACCUUCCAAGCUGCUCUGCACAGUGACGGACGCAUCGUCUUUGCCUACAAAGAGAUUCCUGUUGACAUCGGAGACAUCAGCAGUGAGAAUCAUCCGGUUAAAGUCGGCCUGUCGGAUGCUUUCAUGGUGCUUCACAAGAUUGAGCAGAUCCCGAAUGUGCGGCGGAGGACCAUCUAUGAGUACCACAAGGUGGACAUUCUCAAGUCCAAAAUCUCCAACGCAACCACUAUAGAGAUGCUCCCUCUACCAAAUUGGCUUCAACUGCAGCUGGUGCUCUCGCUUGCAGAGGUCAAACGGAAAAGCACACACAUCACAUCGCCUCCAGAAUGUGGACCAUUCCUCACCAUCCGCAUCACCGCAUCAACCUUUUUGGGGAUUUUGCUUUAUUCCAGAUGCUCCAGCGGCUUUGACCGGAAUCGCCAGGAUUGGGUGGACCAUGGAUGCCAGGAAGAGAGACGAGAUCUCCGUUGUCUGAGAGUACCCGAAGUGACGGGCAAGUCGUCCGGCCACCUCACGUCGGAGCCCACUGCUGGGGCGGCAUCGGCAGCGACCUCCAUACCGACCGCUGACCCUCUUGGCAGGACGGCUGCUUCCAAAAACCAGCUGACAGGGAGCGGCGGGAGGGCCACGUCCAGUCCUUGUUUCUCCACUGCCCAACCUCCAGCGAGCGGCAAAGACACAAGCCAACAGGAGCAGGCGGGUCUACUCGUUGGUGUGGUCAUGGUGAUGGUCGUCAUGGUGAUGGGCAUCUUGUUGUCCGUCUAUGUGUACUAUCACCCCACGUCUACAGCCAGCCUGUUCUUCAUGGAGCGGCGUCUGUCCCGUUGGCCCACCAUGAAGUUCCGCCGCGGUUCGGGCCACCCUUCCUACGCUGAGGUGGAGACUCCAGGCAUGGACAGAGACGGCAUAGCCGUCAUCGACCCCAAGCAGUCGUUCGUCAUGGCCAUCAGACGAGAGAGCGAGCAGAAGGAGGGUUUCAUCGUCCCUGACCCAAGGGAGCGCUUCCUCUGCUCGGAGAGCUUCUGACCUGGACUCCGACUCCCAGAAUGCUUUGGGAUGCAGGACUGGCUCACAUUCAUAGCGCAAUGAACAAGUAUUUUUAUGCAGGCUUGGCCAUUGCCAAUGGACCGCUUUGUUAUUUGCGUAGACAAACGUCGAGGGAUUUUCUGGCCAAGAUCGCUGUUAUGUGUCAGUGUUCCCCCAGGAGAAACUUUUUCCUGAUGGCGGAAUGUCUUCACCCGGUGUCAUUUCCUCUUUUCCAAAAGCCAAACAAAAUUCUUCACGUUGUCCGCCAGGUUCAAAAGGUCUGCGCUGCCAUUCAUCUUGAAGCAUAACUUUAUUUUCUACUGAUUAUUCUGCUGUACAAAUACUGAACAUGGUGGCCAUCAAGUUAUACUUUUGUUUUACGCUCAUUCAGGUUUUCAUUACACUACUGCAGUGCUUCUCAGAUAGUGGGGGG